AUGACGCUACUAAACUUGCGUCGGGCAGUAGCGCUCUGGUUCGCUGCUCUUUUCACACUUGUGGGGAUUCCCAUAUGGUAUAAACUGACCACGAUAUACAGGGCUCCUCUUCCCAGCACGUACAUCGGCUCAAUUCAAGAAAACAUGCAUUCAGAUAUACACGUUGUGGUGCCGGUCUACGUGCGAUCAGACACGUACAAGUUUCCGGACGUACACGAUGCUAUUCAGGCUGAGGUGAACGCGCUGAUAGAAGCUAGAGCCGGCCGUUUGAACUGGUCGUUGCAGGUACUACAACCCGAAAGUCACGAGGAUCUGAAUCCAGAAACUGACCAUGUGUUGACGCUGGUGUUGGAUGAUUUCACGGGCUAUUCGAUCGCGUACGAUUCCAAAGAAACGGCAGUCUUUUUCGACAACGAGGCAGUGGUUUCGAACGACGUGCCCUUUUUCGCGGCCCAGACUUUGGUGGAGCAUACUUUUGCCACUGAAUGGGAACAUUUCUCGCACCCGAGCCGCGAACGUGACGAUGCAACAACGGAAAUGGCUAUUUCCUACUCUCCAGAAGUCCACUUGUCAAUAUCACUGCUCACUGGCGAUGGAAGGCCCGUGGCAUGGGACAUAGACUCUACUUUGGAACAGUACUUCACACCUUUGCGUCGCUUUUUAGCCCCGAUUGUGAAUUUCACUGUAGACACCAGUAUUGUUCAGUUCAACGAUUUGAACUUGGGCGCCUUACAGCAGGCGCAUAACCCUUCGUGGCUAGAUUUGGCGCACACGGUCGAUCUCUCCGACCUUUCAUCUAUGAACCACUACCGCGAAAAGGCUGUCCUGAAUUUGGCCGUUGUAUUCCCCAGCGCUGCAUCUGGCUCAUUAGCAUUCAUCAACGCCACCAGUGAAAAACCAUGGCAAAGUUUCAUGGUUCCUCAAUGGGGUGCUUUGGUCAUCAACAAGGACCCACUUCCAGAUAACUCUCGGUUGACGCAGAAUUAUUUGGCUCCUGUCAUGUACAAUUUUGUUCGCGAAAUGUUUCAGUUCUUGGGCCUUUCUUCCAAAAGUGCGGACCUCUCCACUCCUUACACCACGAUUGACUCUUUUAAACGCGUAGCUACCUUGAAGAAUCUAGAAAAAGGCGCACAUACUUUGUUGUCUUUGACAAAGCUAGCCGAUCAAUUUCCUCAAAUGUCGGUGCCCAGGCAGGUCUUGGACAAUGUAGAGCGUGCUCUUAACUUGCGGUUACAAAUUGUGGAACUUUUAAAUGACCCAUCUCAGGGAAGUGAAUCCACCUGGAACACCGCACUAAGACUCAGCAACAAUUUUGUCCAGGUCUGUGAAAAAGCAUUCUUUGACAAGGCAAUGGUGCAACAAAACUUUUUCCCACAGGAGCAUAAAAUUGCGGUAUACCUGCCACUAUUAGGGCCGUUGACGGUAAUCACCUUCACGGGCCUCAUAAAGGUUUUGCGAGAAAAGGACGAGUCAGAGGCCAAACGAGACGAAACACAAAAAGAAAGCGAAGCUGAAGGUGACAAUAAUGAUGAGAAGCAGAUUUUAGCCGAAGACUAA